AUGUACAUCGGCGGCGGCGUGAAGGCCGUCCACGACUUGGAAUGGGUAAUGUCUAGCCCGCAUCUACUCACGCCCGAGUAUGAUGUGCUGCCACCGUCGCUGUGCUCGUACAUUCUCCAUGCGAGUGACACGAAAGCGUGGCUCGCAGGACUGCAUGCCAACCCAGAGCCACUUCACACGUUCCUUAGCCGUAAGUUGUGUUGA